AAACUCAUCCUUCUUCGGUUGUUCCCCAAAUAGAGAGAGAAAGUUAGAGAGAGAAAAUUGACGUUGCAGAGCCUCAACCUAAAUUAUUAUUCCUAGAGAGAGAGGGGUAACGGAGCUUUCUGUUUAUUUAUCGAUUCUAUAAGCUCAUAGAUAUAUAUAUUUUUCAGCCUGAAGAUUUUUAUUCCGGCGGGAGACUGGCGGGGAUGGAGAAAUCGGCUGCGGCAUCGACGUCGUCGGCGGCGUUCGUAAGAUGGGAAGAGUCGUUCGUAUCGAACGACAAAGGGAGGAGAGAGGUUCAUUAUUACCUGAGACGCCGGGAUGGGACUUCAGAUCUGGCCGUAGUAGGCAAAGAGAAGAGUUCGAGGCACAUGUCGUAUCACUACGCUAUUCGGGAUCGAUCUCUCCUUUCGAUUUCAUCUUCUCCUUCUCUCUUGAAGCUGAAAUCUCGGAGAGAAGUUAUCGAUUGGUUGAAUUCCAUCGUCCCAGAUUCACUUCCUCAUCAGUCAACACAAUUAGCUGGUGGUGCUUUGGACAGAACAGAUGCUUGCGACUUGGAUGUAGAAGCUCUAAAGGAGCCUCAUUUGAAGAAGCUUGGCCAUCAUACUACAGAAUUUUUAUGGGUAGGAUCUCCAUGGACUUGCAGGAAAAGGCGGAAGCAUUAUCAAUCAUUUCGUAGAAAUGGUGUUAAGAUAUCUGUUCAUGACUUUGUUUUUGUUUUGGCUGAAGAAGAUAAAAGGCUUGUUGCUUACUUGGAUGAUAUGUACGAGGAUAUUAGAGGCAACAAGAUGGUUGUGGUAAGGUGGUUUCACAGAAUUGAUGAGGUUGGUAUUUGUUUGCCUCAAAAUUAUAAUGACAGAGAGAUUUUCUUCUCUCUUUGUCUUCAAGAUCUCAGUAUUGAAUGCAUAGAUGGAUUGACAACUGUUCUCAGUCCCCAGCAUUAUGAAAAGUUUCUUAAUGUUGCUGAGCGCGCACAGUUCAAGCCAUUCGUAUGCCACAGGCAGUUUGACAGUGACGAUAUCAAGCCUUUUGAUGUAACUCAAGUGAAAGGUUAUUGGGAACAAGAAAUAAUCAGAUAUAUGGAUUCUACUGCCCAUUCAGAUGCUCCCUUGAAGACUCAGCCAUCUGAUGGUGGUCUGAAGGUAGAAGGAAAUCUAAAUGAUGCUGUUGGGAUCAGACCCAGGAAGAGGCUUCGUCGGUCAAAAGAUAGUAGUGCCCUCUACUUGCAUCUUGCUAACAAACAAGAGUCUGUGGAUGCAUGUCUGCGAAAACAAAAUCUUAGUGGAAGUUCAAUUGCUUCCAAAGGUGGAAAUGGAGGGUGCAGUGUGAAGGAAGACUGCUUUGCUGCAUCUGUGUCUGGAAAAGAGGCCAUGAUGCAAAAGCCUCCACUGCAUUUAACCAUAGGUUCUCAAAUUGAAGUGCUUUCUCAGGAUAGUGGCAUGAGGGGGUGUUGGUUUAGGGCUUUGAUUAUCAAAAAGCACAAAGAUAAGGUGAAGGUGCAGUAUCAGGAUAUUAAGGAUGCUGCCGAUGAAGCUAAAAAUCUAGAGGAAUGGGUUUCAGCAUCCAAAGUUGCUCUUCCUGAUGGAUUGGGCAUCCGGAUUUGUGGAAGGACAACCGUUAGGCCAACCCCAGUGUCCAAUAAAGGCAAAGUUUCAUGGGCAGUAGAUGUUGGGGCUGUUGUGGAUGCGUGGUGGCAUGAUGGAUGGUGGGAGGGUAUUGUAGUCCAGAAAGAAACUGAAGAUAGAUUUCAUGUUUAUUUCCCAGGAGAAAAGCAAGAAUCAACCUUUGGUCACUGUGACUUGAGACAUUCUCAGGAAUGGUUGGGAAAUGGGUGGAAACAUAUAAAGGUAAGACCGGAUCUUGUGACCCUGAUACUAAAAAGUCUCAGUACAAAGCACAUAAUGGUCGAAUCCCAUGAUAGCAAGCCAGACCAAGCUCCAAUUUGUGAAAAGAAACAGCGGUUUAGAAUUGUUCAUAAAGACAGCUCGUCAGUAAAGCCUGAAGUUGUAAGUAGCCAAACUCAGACCGACGACGUAGGGGAUAAGCUGAAGGAGUUUAAGGUGGUUCGGGAUCUUUCCAAAGAUGAGUUGCUUGCACAGUUGAAGUGGAAGUCGUUAGGGAAGAGAAAACGAUACAGGAACUCUGCUAAGAAGCUGCCGCAUUAUAGUGCUGAUGAUUAUAAAAGAAGUCCGGAAGCCGUAGAAAUACAGGCUUGUGAAAGAUUUUUCAUUACUACAUCUUUGAAUGUUGAUCAUGACAAUUGCAAAUAUGUUGGGGAUUCUCUAUUUAGUUCUUCGGUUGUGCCUCCUCUAACAAGCUUGGUUAUGUCCAGGUGAUCGCUUUUAGCAUCCAUUAAUGAGAGAAUUUAACUAAAUUCUCAAAGUGGAUCUUAGUUGUUUUAGAUGUAUACAUGCUCUUUCUGCAUUUCUUUAUGCAGCUUUAGGUAAGGUCCCUGACUAACCAAUCUUGUUGAUGUGGGAAGUGUUUUGUCGAAAAGUAGCAAUCGAGUCCUUCACCCCUGUAUCAAUAUGUACAAAACCGGUCCUGCAAAUUGUGGGCAGCAGUUUUGAAUUCAAUAGGAAUUACAUUUUAGAGCUCAAAUUUUGUCUUUUAUUUCCAUACUAAGCGGCACUUUGUCACACAGGUUUUCAGUGGAGGAUUUCUUGAGCAACUUUUGUACUGUACAUGCUUUCUAGUAAUAAAAUUUAAAUUCCUUGUUUUUAUUAAAAAA